AUGAGCAAAUAAAGAAAAGCAGUAAAGAAAGCUGAAAAGGAAAGCAAGUAAAUAAAAGAUGAUGUACUAAGAAGUAUAUCUGGCAUCUAGGAAUAAUUCUUGGAGAAGCACUCUCAAAGAUUGAUGGAGUUAGUGGCUCAAAGAUAAGAGUAAGUCAAAUUAAUCAUUGGUUUAAUAAAUUACAGUCUAGCUGAUGAAUUGCUUGAACAAACAGAGGUCAAAAUUUGCAAAGUUAAUCACAUUACUGACUUCUUUAGAAAUAUUAAGGCUUAUGAAUCACCGCUUACUGAGAGUUCAGCCUAGUUAACUAAUGACGAUAGACACUUCCUUCCACCUGAGAGUUUUGUAAGAGAUGGUACAUUCGUUCUCUAAGAGAAGUUCUAUACGGAUACUCUUGAACUAGAGUCUAGUUUGAAGUUUCAUAGAGCGGGAGCAAGGAGCACUAUUUACUUUGAUACAACUGAAGUAAGAGCUGCCAUAGUAACUUGUGGCGGAUUAUGUCCAGGCUUAAAUGUCGUCAUCAGAUCAAUAGUUCAUUGCCUAACUCAUGACUAUAAAGUAGAUAAAAUCUGGGGAGUCAAAUGGGGAUAUAGAGGUUUCUAUGAAGAUUUCCCAAAGAACUGGGUAGAGUUAGAUGUAGAGAAGGUUAAUGGAAUUCAAAAUCUUGGAGGUACCAUAUUGGGUUCUUCAAGAGGUGGAUUUAAGGCUUAAGAUAUCCUAGAUUCCUUAUUGAAGAUGAAAAUAAAUCAGUUAUAUAUUAUUGGAGGUGAUGGAACACACAGAGGUAUAUUGGCUCUAUAAAAAGAGCUCAGGGCUUAGAAUGUGCAGAUCUCUAUAGUUGGAAUACCAAAGACUGUAGAUAAUGAUAUUCCAUUUAUAGAUAGAUCAUUUGGAUUUUAAACAGCUUGUGAAGAGGCAGUUCAAUUUAUUAAUGCUGCUAAUGUUGAAGCUGAAGCUGCUGAGAAUGGAGUCGGUAUUGUCAAGUUAAUGGGAAGAUAUUGUGGAUAUAUUGCAGUGGCUUCAUCGCUCGCUAGCAGAGAUGUUAAUAUUUGCUUAAUUCCAGAAGUUCAUUUUUAACUUGAAGGUCCAGAGGGAGUUUACGAAUCUAUAAUCGAAAGAGCAACCUAAAAGGGUCAUUGUGUUGUUGUUAUCGCUGAGGGAGCUGAAGACGGUCUUAUACCUGAAGAGAGAACUAAGAUCCGAGAAAAGUUAGGUAUUUAGGAAGAUAUUAGGGAUGAAUCCGGAAACAUCAAAAGCAUGGAUCUUGGGGCUUUCAUCAAGAAUGAUGUGUCAAAGUAUGCAAGUGAAAAACACAAUGUUAAAUUAACUGUUAAAUAUCUUGACCCUAUGUAUGCUAUUCGAUCAGUCAAAGCUAACUGUGACGAUACUGUGCUUUGCUCGUUAGGUUAUGUCUCUGUACAUGGAGUAUAGGCAGGUUACACUGACUUUUCAGUUGGUUUAGUAAGAGAUGAGCCAGUUAUGAUUCCCAUUGAUAUUCUUGUUGAAGCUGGUUCUAAGAAGAUGAAGAGAAAAGAUUAUGAAUGGCAAAGACUAAUUUCCUCAACAGGUCAGAGCAACUUCCUCAGCUAGGAUAACUACCUCAAAACAAUCACUUAAGAGAAAGAAGAGGAUCUAAAACGAAAGGAACAACUAAUUAAAAUCAAAUAUAAGGCUCUUGAAAAGACACAUGAAGUUAACCCAAUGAGACUUGCAUCAUUCAAAGAAUCAAAUCAUCAUGAUUGA